AUGGUGAAUCAAGAUGAGUGGUUGGGAACGCUAAGAUACGCCGGUAAGGCGCAGGAUAAGGUUUCCCUUGACACUCUCAUGCUCCGUUACCGUCCGAUCGCUCCAAAACCGACGACUGGUCAGCCAUGCGAUGCAGGAGACAACAACAAGAACUCUUACAAUCUGAGCAAACGAACCAAACGAAAGUACAUUAAGGUUUCAAAGAAUAACAACACCACGUGUCGAGGAAAGACCAGAUCUGACUUGUCUGAUGAUCGGGAACCAACUGGAGUCGUGACACUUCAACUCAUGCCGGAAAAAUCCGAUCUUACAAGCGACUGCACGCCGUCAGAUCCGAUGGUGAAAACGAUAACCGGAGAGGAAACACCAGAAACCAACACGUGGACCAUGUUAACUGCGGCGUCACGGCGGAGGUGA